AAUAUUUACCUUCAGGAUAGAAAUUUGAAAUUGGAAUAUGCGUGCAUAUUACAGUACUUUGUAGUAUCUGAAAUUUCUUGAAAAUAACUCAUGAUAUUAUAGUAUUUAUAAUAGUUGUUUUUACAAUGUCAAUGCCAAUUGAAGCAAGGAAGAGAUUAUAUUAUCUACCAAAAGUUACACGUUGGACAAAAGGUAUCGGUGCAGCAUUGCCGGAAGAAUAUAAAAAAUUUUGGAAGGAAUGGAAAAUACAAAUGCCUUCUCCAGUGUAUUAUAUUCCAAAAAAAGGCAAAUAUGAACGAAUGCCAGAUGGGACAGUAAAACCAAUACAAAAUAUACCAAUUCCAUUAAAAUAUCCAAAAGAACUUGAUAAUGGUAUUUGGGGCGGAGAGGCAGUAAUUCAAGGAUUUGUUAAGAAACAUAAGUAUCAUCAAAGAUUUGUACGUUAUUGGGUUCCCAAUUUAAUAAAAUCAGUUGUAUACAGUGAAAUACUUAAUAAAUACAUGAGAACAAUUGUAACAAAUCGUACGUUAGAUCUAAUACAUGAGCACUAUGGAUUCGACCAUUAUAUAUUAAAGACACCGGCAUGUGAUUUGCGAUCUUUACUCGCUCUUAGAUUGAAACGUUUCAUGCUCAUAAGUCUUGCUGAUAAAACAUUAUAUCCUGAUGAUCCCGUUAAAAGAGAUGAAGUUUAUGCUAAAUAUGAACAAUAUUUAUCAUCCUAUACUAGAGAAGAAAUUGAAUGGUAUGGAUUAUCCUAUCCAGAAGCAUGUAAAAAAUUCAGAAAUAAUGCAUUGGUGAAUAUGAAAAUUACGCCAUUAAAAGAAAUAUAUAGGCAAGAAUUAAUUAACGAGCUUAAAGAAGAAAAAUUAAAAUUAAGUGAAAGCAGCGAAGAAAGUGGUCCUACAAAAUGGAUAUCUAAAAUCAAUCCUUUUCAUAAAUAUUCAAAAGAUGUACCAAAAUCUUAAAUAAGAUAAUAUAUUGUAAACGAAUGA